CCUCCGGGCCCAGUGAGAAGGAGGGUGCCUGUGGCCCGGAUCUGCCGAUGCACACGGCCGGUACCCGAGCAACGGGACCGGGGCACAACAAGGGUGCCGGCGAAGGGGAGGGAGAGGGCUGCCCAGAGAGCAGACAGUCCAGGGCUUGAGGAGUCUGGGUGUGUGGUUUGUUUUUUCUCCCGACAAAGACACACACUGUCUAAACUGUGUGGCUAGUUGUUAUUAAGAAGCUGCUGGACGAGUGAAAAAAUGUAUUUCAUCAAAGGCCCAGUGUUUGUGGUCUUCUUGGGCUCACUGCUGAGCUCAGGAAACCCUGAGGUGUGACCAGCUUUCAGCCUUCAAAACCAACAUGAACUGCCCUUGAGAAGGGUGCUCAGAGGAAAACCAUGUUCACCCUCUCCCUCCUGAGCCGGGGACAUGGCAAGCUGGUCCAGAACAAACAGAAGUUGGAAGUCUAUUUUGAACCGGAGGAUUACUUGAACUGGAAGUCCCCGGAAGAUUACAUCCUGGUCAGCAAACCACAGGAUGAGGGCAACGCUGACCAGCGCACAUGGAGCCUCUUUCUUCCUAAAACAUUCAGCACUAGAAAAGGCGCCCUGAUCCUCUACUCGGAAGGUUUGGCUAUUUCAGCAUGGACCCCCGAAGAGAGGAGAAAAGGCCCCUACUGCCCCAAAGGCUGCAGGAAGAGGCCAGAUCUUGAAUUGCGCACACUUCAGGACCUCAAAGAAGCCAUCCUGGCGUACGGGAGGAGACAGAGAGAGCAGGACAGAGCCUGGCAGCCGUACCUUCACUUCCGAAGCCAACCAGAGAGCCAGGGCCUGCGGCAGAUCCGACCUGGUUACUCGGCCAAGAGAUACCUCCGCGGCCUCUUGCGGACGUGGCCCCCUGGCACCAUAUACAAGCUCCAAUGUGCAGGUGCAGCAGAGGGCAGGGCAGACCACUGCCCCAUAGCCCAGGCCCAAAAUCUUCAAGGAGGAAAGCCCUUCUUAACAUCAAAAGACGUCUCAGACCCUUCUGUGAAAGUCAUGUGGCUACAAGGAUACAUCAAGGAUUCUGUGCUGCUUCAGGACAGUCAACUUAAUGUACCAAAGAAUCUCAGGCCACAGCAGGACCUUUCAGGUGUACCUCCCAAGUACCAUCUUCUGCCUGUCUUCCCUCCAUUUUGGAUUCAACAAGGACAAUCUUUUGGACAAGGUCAGCAGGACCUGCGUGAAGGGAAAGCUGGGGCUGGUGGACAAGUGGACCAGGGCUCUGUAGCCAAGGACCGUGGCAGCCAGGGGACUCGCUUGCCACCACUCAGGAAGCAGCCCUGGCAGGAAGAUGAAACCCAGACAGAGGACACGUCAAAAGACAAUCACUGUUGUAUCCAUGCUUCAAAAGAAAGCCACCACGAAAAAGCACAGCAAACCUCCAGGAGGACCCUCGGGCAUGCCCUCUUCGAUCACUCUUGGCUCCUGCAUGACAAAUCCCACACGACAUUCUACUACGGAGGCACCUUCCCCCACAGGAAGGCAGAACUCAGCGACAAACAAGGGACUAUGACUCUGCACCAGGGCAGAAGCAGCCACUUGUUCAAGGAGCCUCCUGCCAAACGAUGUCUUUUCCCUCCUGUAGCACCUGCUGCUGGCUCAGAAAAAAACAUGCCUGGGGAUGUGAAGAAGAAAAAGGUACCUAAAGCUUUGAAAUUACCCCUUAUCUCAGAAGAACCACCCAGAGUCCUGGACCCCCUGAGAAGUCAACUUAAAGCCAGUGAGCCCCCAACAGAGCUCUUCAUCUUCCCUGUGGAGAUUCAUUAUCACAGCCAACACCCACCAAAAGGCAAGGCACGAAGAAGAGGUCCUCCACACUCUGAGUCAGCACCAGAAACAGAAGAACAUGGGCCGUCAUGGAGACCUCCCCUGAAGCAGGUGUCCCUAAGAAGGUCAAGGGCGUUAAGAGUGCAUCUCCCAGUGGACACAGACAGGGACACACUCUCGCCUCAAGAGGAUGUUGCUCCGCCCCAGAAGGGGACCUCAUCACCGUCCCUGAGGAAAGGAAAGAGAAGUCCAGAGAGCCAGAGAGGCCCAGACAGCCCCAGGAUAUCAGGCCGCAGCAGCCCCACAGGCCCCGCAUGCGACAGACCAGCUGGGGGGGCACUUCCAGCAGCAGGACGAGCCUAUGAAUCUGUCAGUUCAAAUGCCGUCCACGGAGAGGAGGAAUCUAGUAUUCAACAUCUACUAAAAGUAAACACUGAAUACAGAACAGAUCUUCAUAUGAACCUUAAUGAGACCUCAGCUUUGACUCAAAAGCCAGAGAAUCAGUAUGGAGCAAGUGUAUGUUCAUUUCCUGACCCUGUGCGGGGCACGGCAGCUACCUCGGAACAGGACAGCCACGGUCUCCUGCCCUCGUGGAGCUUCCAGUCUGGUGGGGAGGAAAAGGGAGCCCAGCAGUCCUUGGAGGCAGCAGCUCAGAAGACAGGGGAGCCUCAAAGUUGUAUAAAUAAAGGGCUGAUAUGUUCAAACAGAAGAGAAUUUUACACGCGCAAGCUGCACCUCGACAUGAUGCCGCUCCUGAAGGCAAGUGGAAAAGAGAUGGAUGAUCAUGAAGAGGCUGGAGAACUCCUCAGAGAAAAUCAUCCAGACGCUCAAGACCCAGUGCCGAGGGAUAUGACCCUUGACCCUCUUUGUGCUUCCCUGGCUGAGCACGUGCAGACCCCUGAGGCAGACACUGUCCAAAAGGCGAGCAAAGAUUAUAAUGUGCACCAUCAGCACAGAGGACUUCCAGGAUAUGGGCCUGACUCAUCAGAAGGGCUGGAUCCUUUAGACACAUCUUUUCUUCCAAGAGAAGAAGAAGGGAAGACUGAGCCAAGGCUGUUCAACCAGCAGACAUCAAACAGCAUCAGUAACGAGAUGGAGUUGAUUGAAAAAACCAAGAGCAAGAAAAGGGCCAAGACAGAUAAGUCCAAGGCACCCAAGAGGGAGAAAGAAGGAAAACUCCGUGAGGAAGCAGAGGCUGCUGUUGGAAAGUCAAAGGAAUCAAAAGUUGAAAAGAAAUCAGAGCUAAUUGCCAAAGGAAAAAAACCAGGAGCCAAAGGGAAAAGGACACGGAAGGAAGGGAAUCUGGAAACAGCUGCGGAGCUGAGUGGGCCUGAUGUCAUUAACUCUAAGGAAACCAAAGACCGCUCAGGCGGAGGCGUCUUCCGCUCAGGCUCUGGUGUAGAGGACCCUUGGCUCUCUUCCAAAGUUGAGGCUCCUGAGAGUCAAGUUUCUAUAGAUGGAAGGUCAUCGCCCACCCAGACUGCAACUGUCCCUGCAAACACGGAACCUGGAGGAGAGGGAAGCCACGAGGACCCUUCUAAGGCCUUCCUCGUCAAGAAGGAACAAGAGAAGGCUUCCCGGGACAGGCUGCGAGCAGAACGGGCCGAGAUGAGACGGCUGGAGGUGGAGAGGAAGAGAAGGGAGCAGGAGGAGCAGCGGCGGCUCCAGCAGGAGCAGCUGGAGAGGGCGGAGAGGAUGAAGGAAGAACUGGAGCUGGAGCAGCAGCGCCGCGCGGAGGAGACCCGCCUCAGGAAACAGAGACUUGAGGAAGAACGACAGCGGCGGGAGGAGGAGGAGAGAAGGCAGUGGCUCCAGUUGCAAAUGGCCCAGGAGCGAGCUCGGCAGCAGCAGGAGGAGUUCCGGAGGAAACGGCAGGAGCUGCAGAGGAAGAAGCAGCAGGAGGAAGCUGAGAGGGCUGAGGCAGAAAAGCAAAGGCUGAAGGAGUUGGAAAUGCAGUUAGCAGAAGAGCAAAAGCGCCUGAUGGAAAUGGCUGAAGAACGGCUGGAGUACCAGCGGCAGAAACAGGAAGCAGAAGAGAAGACUCGGCGGGAAGCCGAGGACAGACGGCAGAAGGAAGAGGAAGCGGCAAGGCUGGCUCAGGAGGAAGCCAUGAAACAAGCCCAGGAGCAAGCCAGGCAAAAAGAUGCUUUGAAGAAACAUCUUCAUUUCCACCAAGAACUCCAUAAGGAAGCCAAUGGCCUACAGUGGACACACAACAUUUCCAGACCAUGGGUCUACUCUUACUUUCAAUUCCUACAAAUACCAAGACCUUAAGACUAGAAGAAAACUAAAGAGCUGGAAGAUGGUAAUGGAAAAAGAGAAACUUCCUUCUAUAAUGAAGUUCCAUACUGAGCUCAAUUAGUUCCAUUUUAUCUGGUUCACCUCACUGUACAGCUAAGUUCACUCUAGGACCUCCAUCCACACCACUGUCAAGUAACCACAUGUAGCUAUAUUAACAUAAAACAUUCAGUUCUCCAGUCACACUAGUCAUCUUUCAAGUGAUCAAUAACUGAAUGUGGCUACUGGCUACAAUACUGAACAGCAGAUACAGAACAUUUUCAUCACAAAAAGUUAUAUUGGACAACACUGUAUUCUUGAGCCCUGAAAAUUAACCAGCCUUGAGGUUUUGCUCCUAACUGUGCCUUGAAAAACCAGCCACUCACAUCAUUUCCCCAUUUUAAAAAUCACACUGGCUCUAGCAAAGUGUCCUGAUUAGAUAAUUUAUCUUUAACAUCUCUUUAAUAACAGUAAGUAUCUACUACUGAACGAUCAUUAAAGGGGACGAAGAACCUUUAGCAAGUAAGAUACAUAAAAUGAUGUCAAAGCAAGCAGUUAUCUGAAGCAAAAUUUUCCCACAAAUUUCCUUUGGCCCUACUCUAUACUUCAGUCUGCAUUUAAAAAUGGAAUACUUGCAGACGAUUCCCUGGAAAUUUCACACUAAUGCUCAUAAGCUGCUUUCUACAGGAACUGCAGUUCCACAGACCAGAAGUCAAGCUCUGUUUGUACUGCUGUGUUACUGGAUUCGCUUAAAUUUGAUGCUUCAACUCCUUCCUUUGCGUAACACAGAAAUAAAAUGGCCAACACACUGGCUAUCAUAGUGAA